GAGGGUUUGUUCCUUUUCAUUUCUUUCCGGGGGUAAAAAUGGCGACUGUGGAUUCUUCAAGCUCUUCUUCUGAAGAUAUUGAAACAAACCCUAAUCCUGAUUCUUCAAAAGCCACAAUCCCCGGUCCUCUCGGUUCCAAUUCCCCUGCCCUAUGUCUCUUCCAAUUCGCAGGAGACUCCGCCGCCGGUGCUUUCAUGGGAUCCAUCUUCGGCUACGGUUCAGGAUUGUUUAAAAAGAAAGGCUUUAAAGGAUCCUUUGUGGAGGCGGGAUCUUAUGCCAAGACGUUUGCAGUUUUGUCGGGUGUACACAGUUUGGUCGUUUGCUUUUUGAAGAGGUUGCGGGGAAAAGAUGAUGUUAUUAAUGCCGGUGUAGCUGGAUGUUGCACUGGAUUGGCUCUAAGUUUCCCAGGUGCUCCUCAGGAACUUCUACAGAGCUGUCUCACAUUUGGGGCAUUUUCGUUUAUCGUUGAAGGGCUUAACAAGCAGCAGCCGGCACUGGCACAUCCAUUUUCCGUUGGAAACAAGAGUGGGCGCUACAACGGACCUCGUCCUUUAGUGCUCCCUCUUUCACUCCCAAUUCCAGAGGAGCUGAAAGGAGCUUUUUCUUCUUUCUACAACUCAUUAGUAAAACUGAAUAAAGGCAAGUCUCCUACAGGCAACUGAUGGGAGGGGAGCCAUUGAUCAUUGUUAAUUGUCUGUCAUAUGUAGAUUUUCACGAUACAGCUCGAAUACUAGCUAA